CGGACACCACAGGAACACGUUGCUCUUAAUACCCCCCACCCCCACCCCACUCGUUCUCUUGGCUUCACUUCGUUCAAAGGAGCCAGUCUUUUGAACGGCUCUUUGAGGUAAACGGCCGACUAAUGAACGGCUCCCGUGAAAGAGCCAUAAAUCCCAUCACCAGAUGGGUGUUCACUUCACCCUCCCCACUUCCUGUGGGUGGAUUUGUUUUUCUAUUGGCCGGAUAAGAUUUCUUCAUAGUCCUGAUGAGCACAUUCACUGUACAAUCACCUCAUCGCUUGGAUUCUCUAACAAUGCUGCUGACAAACUUUUUCUGUUUGCUCCUCCUCAUGAGUGUGGACGGGGAUUCCCCUGAGGGAGAAUGCAGUUAUCAGGAAGUUUUAAAAUACCUGAAUUUGACCAAAAGUAACGAGCUGUUCUACAUGACCCGGCCUGUUAGAGACUUCAGAAAGCCCACUGAGGUAUCUCUGGAAGUUCUACUGUACGCCAUCCUGGAUGUGGUGAGUGUUAAAGUCUUUUCCUUAUUUUUGCUGACUCAACAUGAUUGCAGAAGCUUACCAUUUUUUUAUAUUUUUAUUUACCGUAUUUAUUUUAAUUUUAUUUUUUUUACAGUGGUGGUGUCUUACAACUUCUGCUAUAAUGUCACUCCUGAUACCAAAACUUUAUUGGAAAUAUUUUGGUGGUUCAAAAUACCAACAGACACAGAGACAGAAGUUGUAGGAACCCUAAGGAGACAGCCGCCAGACAACCUCCCUCCCAAGAGGCACACAGGAUUACCCCGGGGGUUGCCAGAGCCCUGGGAGAUAACAAUGGCAAGCCUCCAGGCCCACUCACAGCCUCCCACCCCCGAGCUGGCCGAGCUUGGAACACAGCAUGCUGGGACACAAGGGCGAAGCAAUUUUGAGAACCAGCAGGUUUACUCUGUGUUCACGAUUCUUCUUCCUUCUUCGGGAACUCUCUUUAAAAGCAACAUUUACUUCCUCUGCGUGACGUCCAUUCCUUCGUCUAUGAGAUUUUUUCUUUACACCAACAUUUUCCUCUCCCACGAUUUCAAACGACAGGAUGAACAUUUACUCUCUCUGGUCCCUUGUCUGUCGGACACUCAGAGAGAGAUUGACCAGACGUUCAUUCCCUAUGUUUGGAUCAUUCUGGAGUGGCAGAAUGAUUACAUUUCCUGGAAUCCCAGUGAUUUUUGUGGAAUUCAAAAUGUCACCAUCCCUACUGACAGUCUGUGGAAGCCGGAUCUGACUAUUGAAGAGAUGACAGAGAAGGACAAAGCCCCUCCAAGUCCUCAUUUAAUAAUCAACAGCUCUGGAAAAGUCAUCAUCCAGAAUGAUCAGGUGUUGGUCAGCACCUGCAGGAUGCAGAUUCACAAAUUCCCAUUUGACAUCCAGACAUGCAACUUGUCAAUCAAAUCUGUUGUCCACUCUGUUGAGGAAAUAAAACUUUUUCAUCGCUUGAACUCCUCUGUGAUCACUAACAGCUCCCGCCAGCUAAUGCGGACACAGUACGAGUGGCUGUUUGUGAACAUGACCGUCACCAGCAAAACGGUUUUUCCAUUUGGAAUUGAGCAAGAUGUGAUUAUUUACACUAUCUCCAUGAAAAGGAGGCCCACUCUCUACAUCGUUAACUUCCUGCUGCCCAUCCUCUUCUUCUUGUUUCUGGACAUGUCCUCCUUCCUGAUCUCAGACAGAGGCGGGGAGAAGCUCAGCUUUAAGGUCACCGUGCUGCUGGCCGUCACCGUGAUGCAGCUCAUCCUCAAUGACAUUCUGCCUUCGUCAUCAGAAUGGAUCCCACUCAUAAUGGUCUACUGCAUUGGGAUCUUUUCUCUGAUGAUGCUCAGCCUCCUGGAGACCAUUUUGAUGAUGUACCUGAUGGAGAGAGAGUCUGCAUCCCAAGAUGAUGAGCAGGAGAGAAACCAAGGUGGAGGAGAGGGUGGUGAAGAAAACCAAGGUCGAAAAGGAAGUCUCCACAGCUGUGAAGAAGUUAAGAACCGUACCGCGUGUCGGUGGGUUUGUGGAGCACCUGCAAAAAAGAUGCCAGCUGAACCCCUUCAGGGUUCUGGCAGUCAGCUGAUCGAGGAACCACAUUCCUCUGAAAUGUUCUCAGGAGAACUAAAUGACUUGAUUAAAACGAUGAAUGUCCUCCUCAGUGGCAUACAAGAGGAGAGGAAGACCAGCUACUGGACCAGAAAAAUUAAGACCAUCAACAAAGUUUAUUUUGUUUUCUAUGUUACAGCUGCCAGUCUGUUCUUGUGCUUUAUGUUUUACAGCUGGUUAAGCACAGACUAGCCUUUCCGAAACAAAACAAAAAACAACAUCAAAAAUAAGUUGUGAGGCUGACUCACAACUGGUUUUUGAGUGCAGAAUUGUUUUAUGUUAGCAACAAUAAAUACAAAUUGCAUAGCUGUUUAUUAAAAUGAUUAAUAAAGUGUAUGCAUUGCACUGUCUGUGAGAAGAUGUUUGAGCUAACAAAAAGGGAAUUUCAAGGUUUCUCUUUAAAAUGGCCCCAAUUUGGCACAAAUCUUUUUUGGUCUUACACCAGUGAAGUAUUAGGUUGAGUACUUUCAUUCAAAACCUGCCACAUCCACCCCUUUACAUGUCUUCCACGUUUGGUAGAAGA